AUGCUGGGAAACACGAGCCCAAUGCAAAUCGAGACAGGAUCACCACGUGGAAACUCUUACCCAAGAGAUCCGAUGCGACGGGAAGACAAUGCAAUGAAGACGCCGACAUUUCUCUUUGGAAACAAACGACGAUCGACAUUGUUAUCGAGCAAUUCAUAUGGACCAACCGCUGAUUCUUACGGAUCGCCAUUGCCAUCUCAUUUAAAAGAUGGUUAUGGAAGUGGCGGAAAGAGCGUCCAUUGGUCACCGGCGCUGGUACAAGAGAAACGGAUAGAAGAUGGGUUUUCCGUGCCACAUAAGCCGACUUCAAGUGCAUUUCCUAUCUCGGCACACAAAGGACCUCCUCUUCGUUCACUUCGCGACAAUGUUGAACCGACCAAUAAGGUUCGUCGAAUGACAAUGCCAGUUAAUCCCAGUCACGUGUUUGGACAAUCAACACCAACUACUGCAUCACGCUCUGAAACCACUCCAUUUGACAAUGAUCGUGCAGGUGCUGAAGGUCGUGAUUGUUGGGUUACGGUCUUUGGGUUUUCUCCGAAUGAAGCCAGCAACAUCAUUAGCUUUUUUGGAAGGCAUGGCGAGAUCAUUCAACAACAGUUUCCUACCCACGGGAAUUGGGUUCAUUUGCGUUACUCAAGUCCGGUUCACGCGGCUCAAGCAGUUUCACGAAACGGCACCUUAUUUGAUGCACAAACGAGGAUAGGUGUAAUGCCUUGCAAAGAUGAAGACGUACUUAACUGUGCUACAUUAAACCGCACUGUCAAUGGAUCACUGCAAGAUACGACAAAUACUUAUCCUGCAGAACCUUCAAGAAAGCUUGACAUAUCUUACGUGCCGGCUGUCACUCCAACAAAUCGACUAGAUCAAAGCGUGCUUGACUCAUCUUUGAACAUCUCCAGAACUUCCUCGAUUCGAAAUGGAAUGCGCCCUUUGGCAGCUUCGCUUAGUCUACCUCCUGGGGAUACUAGUAUGAACCAAAGUUUAAACCAAAGCAAGGAUCACAGUUUCUUCGGUCGCUUCUGGAAUCUCGUCGGC